GUCUUCACACAUGGACAAAACUCUUGUAGAAGGUUGGUGGGAGUGGCUUCAUUAUAUAUAGGGGUGGCAGGAAUGUUUUUUUUCCUUACAAUUUGAAGCUGGUGCUUCAUGGGAGGAGGAAGCUGCAAAUGUAAAUCAAUAUUUGCAUGUUCACUUUACUGGUUACAUCAGAUGCUCUGAUGUACACUCUCGUAUGGUGCUUUCAUGGACUGUCAUGUGGGUUCUCAUGUUCUCAAUGUAAGUAAUGAUUCUAGCCUUGAUUAUUGCAGAGAGGUUGAACAGUGUCAUGGGGUACCUGCUAAAUCAGGGGAAAAUCAGACCACAACUAUCUGUUCAAGACUGCAUUAAUACUUUUGUUAAAAUCAGAGCAGACCAGCUUCCAGUGCUAGUUGUCUCAGUAAAAGUGGAUCCUGGUGCAGUUAAAUGGCCAUACCUGUUUCAUAGGUUAAAGACACUGAACUUGUCCGACAGGUUUAGAUCUAUGGUGAGAUCCUUGGUGUUGUUUAGAUGCUCUGAUGUACACUCUCGUAUGGUGCUUUCAUGGACUGUCAUGUGGGUUCUCAUGUUCUCAAUCAUUCUGGAUCUUUCAUCUGAAGUGGGCAUGUUUUUCUAUCAAGGGGUAAAAUUGUAGUUGGUUGUAUUACUGGGCUUAUUUGAGAUGGAUGUCUGUGUGAAACUGUCUUCAUAAUUGUGACUUUUCGGUAUGUUACAAAAACAUUAGAGCUGACCAAGAAAACUAACAGAUUCUCAUCAUGAAUGGUGGUUCUAAGAAGAAGCAGAUACUCACAGUCCUCUCAUGGAACGUCAACGGAUUUAGCCAGAAAAAAUCAAGCGUCUUUAAUCAUUUAAACGUUCUACAGGCUGAUGUGGUCUUUCUUCAGGAAACUCACAUUGGUCCUAGUGCUAACUCUCCUUCAGGAAGUAUUCAAAUUCAAAGUCUAGAGCAUGACUAUGACUGGGCCGUGUAUACAGUAUUUAAAAGAAACUGUCGUGGAGUGGCCAUACUGUUCAGAAAGGGCUUGGUGUGUGAAGGACUCAGAGUUGUCGGGGAUGAAAAGGGAAGAUACAUGAUUAUCAGUUGCAGAAUUCAGGAGCAGGAGUUUGUAUUUGUUAAUGUGUAUAACCCAACAGACGAAAAGAUCGAUUUCAACAAGUUCAGAGAGUUUCUCAUCCCAGCCUCUGAAUCCCCUUACUUUAUAAUUGGAGGGGAUUUUAACACCGUUAUGGAUGCUGAGUUUGACAAAACAUCAAACAGUAGAAACAGAGGACACAGUGACCGUUUCAAAGGUCUUGUGAGUUUGCUGGACACCUUUAGUCUGGUGGAUGUCUGGAGGUGGCUUUAUCCUGAGAAAAAAAGCUUCACAUUUUUUGAUGGGAAAGGAAAAUCAAGACUGGAUUACUUUUUUCUACCAGUCAGAAUUCUGAAAAGAGUGACUGCUUGCCAAAUUCAUGGAAGACCUGAGUACUCAGAAAGGGAAGGCUGUAUUUCCGAUCACGCUCCAAUAUCUGUUCAAAUCCAAACUGACCAUAGGUGGCAGUUUCGUUCUGGGCUCUUCAAGGAUGAGGACAUCAUGGAGAGGCUUUCAAACAUAAUCAAAAACAUCUCAGGGGGAAUACAGGUCAAAAAAGAAGAUUUGUGGCCAGCAGUGAAAGUCAGGGUCACUUGUGAGACAUUGGCUUUAAAUAAAAGUGGAGAUGACUUGGCUGGGAUUCAGAUGUCUCAGGUUUCUAAGGAGCAACCAAUGGAACAGGAAUGUAGGUCAUAUUUGCUCUUCUGUUUUACUUAAUCAUAAAGCCAUGUUUAAUAAAUUAACUUUUCUGUUUUCUUCCGAUCUGGCAGGUUUGUUAAGUUCGGUGAACCACGUUCAGCUCCUACAUUCACCAGAUAGCUUGAGUGGUGCUUCAAAUCUUGAGGAAUAUUUGGAUUAUUUACAUGAAACAAAAAUGUUCGAAGACAUCAAGUUAACACUGAAUGCAACACUAACUGAGCCAGUUUCAAAGAAAGAAAUUCUUUCAGCAAUACUUUCCUUACAUAACUCUGAACAUAUGACACCGGAUGGGCUACCAGUGUCAUUCUAUAAGCACUUUGCAAGUAAGAUCACUGGCCUUCUUCAAGUGUUCUUCAAUCAAGUCCUUGACCAACAGAGCAUCUUUAAGUGUAUAUUUAAUGAAUCUUUCAUUUCAGACACAUUUUCAACUACAACAUUGAAUUUCAACAACACUGAUCAUACCUACAGCAGUAAUGUCCAACACUACAGUCCAGUCUUCAUAUUUAAUGUAGACUAUAAUAUUCUAGCCUUGAUUAUUGCAGAGAGGUUGAACAGUGUCAUGGGGUACCUGCUAAAUCAGGGGAAAAUCAGACCACAACUAUCUGUUCAAGACUGCAUUAAUACUUUUGUUAAAAUCAGAGCAGACCAGCUUCCAGUGCUAGUUGUCUCAGUAAAAGUGGAUCCUGGUGCAGUUAAAUGGCCAUACCUGUUUCAUAGGUUAAAGACACUGAACUUGUCCGACAGGUUUAGAUCUAUGGUGAGAUCCUUGGUGUUGGCGGAAGGCGUGACAUCUGAUCCUCCAGCACGUGGACUGAAAGUGGGAUGCCCGCUGACUCCUUUAUUGAUAAGCAUCUGUCUGCUUCCUCUUAUCCACUCGAUUAAUGAAGAGACGAGGCUUCAGGGAGUCAGAAUUAGGGGAGAGCACAUAAAAACAGUCCUGGACAAAGACAGAGCUAUAAUAUUCCUCUCAUACACAAAUGAAGGUUUGGAUGUUUUCGAUGCACUGCUCAAAGAUUUCAUGAAAAAUUCAGGGUUUGUGAUUGAUGGCAGGUUCUCUGAGGUAUUCAUAACAGGACAUUCAUGCUUUAGUUUCAAGAAAGAGAUCUUACAGUCUUUCAAUAGAACGCUGAAGGGAUUUUGGUACAAAGGCAUCCUUGUAGGAUCGGAGGAUCCCGGCCUUGUUCAGAUAGCAAGACAUCAAUGUCAGUGUAACACUGUUAUGAGUUGAUAACAUUCUUAAGAACUGAUCUUAGAACAAUAACAACACUGAAAAAAUAUAAUGAUCCAUUUAGAUUAAACAAACCUUAAAUAAUGCAUUUUCAGGUUUUACUGCAAAAAGAAAUGAAAAACAGUUCAUCAUAAUGCUAAGAGCAAAGCUGCUAUAGUUCUUGAUGACAAUUUGAAUCACAAUGAAUCACAAAAUACAUAUAAAGGCAGCCUCAGGCAGUCUGCAAAAAAGACAUUACACAUAGACAUAGGUCAUGACAAACACUAUGAAAAGCCAGAUGCGUUCUGUAUCAAUCAGCGCCCUCUGCUGGUUACAAUACAUUUCACUUUGACUGUACUAUGUAAUCUGCUUCAGUACAGGCUACAAUUAUUAUACACAGUCUCCAAGUAUGAAGAUAACUUUUAGGUAGAUUAGAUGGGAACUGCAUUCAAAGUUUACAUUUUUUGAUGAACAUGGAGAGCGAAUGUAUUUCAGUCUUAAUAGUAAAUAGUCUGUUAAAACUGUUCAACACCAUUAAGAGUGCAUUUGGUAAUACUGUAUAUAUACUGUAGUAAAAUGUGGUUUUGGGUGCAGUUAGCUUCAAGUCUGGAAUUUGUAGAAAAUUGUGUUACAGCUCUGGCCUAAGUAUAAAAAAUCUUUUGUUGGAUCUUAAUGAAAUAGCAUGUUGCUUAUUUAACCUUUGGCAGCAAUUAUUAACAGGUGAAGUCCAGUGCUCACUAUAAAAUUUGAAAUGUCUGGGUGUAGUUGCCGUGUAAGUUGCUUUGUAAGAUGUAGUGAGUGCGCGGGUUCUGUAUACGUGCUUCCUAUUCUAAAGCACGAAAGACAUAUUGAGUACAAUACAGAACGUGUUGAGUUGCUGGUGAUAUUUGCCAAGUUAAUGGCAACUUCAAUUAGCAAGGCCAUCAUAGAAUACUUCAGAGACAUGCCAUUACAUCAGGAUUACAAUUUAUUGAGCAGACCUUCAUCCUUAAGCCAGACAGCAGAACCUCAAAUGUACCCACAGACUAGCUUAUGCAGGCACAACAUGAUGGGCAACUCAAACUAAUGAUCUGAACAGUCUCCAGACUGGUAUGGGCCUUGAUAGAAGGGUCAAAGUUUAAAGAAUUCAAGAUUCAAGGGUGUUUUUGAGCACUUUGAUACUCCAUAUAUUUUGUGCUGUAUAAUGUUUUCAUUUUCAAUUAUGUUAUUAAUUAUCCAUUAUUCAAAUUAUGCUCUCUUGAAUUGUACUGAAAAUCUGCAAUAGCAAGAGUUAAUUCAUGAAUUACUAAUGUAAAAAACUCAGAAUAAACUGGACAAAAAUAUUGUACAGUUUAGGGUACAUGGAGCAAACGGAACUCUCGGGAUACAUUUAUAGGUGAAUAUUAAAGUAAACGGUGUUCUUUAUAUUUAAGAAAUGUAUGAUAUGUUGCUUUACUUUUUCAUUCUCAUAUUACUGUUUUGUCAACUGUAAUACAUGUACACUGAUUAAAAACAUUCUGCUAAAGAAUUACCAAAAAAAAAAAAACAGUUAUUGAUAAACAGGAGCUAAGAAUUU